AACGUCAGCCUACGUCACAGUGACGUCACAGCCCAGGCUUGAAAGCGACAGCUGAGUGAAACCGGCGACUUCCAACUUUGUUUGUGAGUCUCUCCUCGUCGGCCCGGUUCCCGCUCCCGUCUUUGUGUGUCACAUUCGAAGUGGUCUGCCCCGGUUCAGUUCACCGGACCGACACAUUUUUCACCGGGGAGCCGGUAAAGAAGUUUGGAGCAUCUGCUAAGUUAGCAGUGCUAACAGCGGUUAGCCUAGCUUAUUUUAGCCAGCUUGCUAAGGCUGCUGUCAAUUCGCCCGGGAUGAGAAGGCGAAUAUCCGGCUUCAGCGAACGUUAUCCGCGGGUGUUAAUCAUUUACUGAACCGAUGGCUGCGCAGUGAACCGACGUGAGCAGCGGACACCUCCACCAGCGAAGCCCGGGGGGGUCAAGAUAAACUACGUAACGGUGAGGCUAACGGCGGCUAGCUAACGAGCGCAACUCCGAGCAGAGAAGAGAUGGCCAGCCAUACCGAAACCGGCUUCACCUGCCGGCCCGACCGUGACGGCGCAUCGGGCCCGGUGUCCCGCUCCGGUAACACUCGCCGCCUCCGGUGCGAGUCCGACGAGACGGACGGCGGUGCCCCCACCAUGAAGAGCCUGGCGCGGCUGUGCAGCAGGGACGAGGAGGAGAGGGCAGCGGCUCUGGAGGAGCUGAGCCAGGGGGUUCUGGUGUGUCUAGGACUGGACCGGCCCGGGUCGACGCGCUUGGGCAAGGAAACGCUCCUGCAUCUGCUCCGGCUCUCGUCGUCCUGUCCGUUAGCGGAGGUGCGAGUGAGAGCCACGGAGCUGCUGCGGGCUGCUCAGGAGCAAGGCCUUGAAGUUCCUCGCGCCCUGGCCUCCGGUCCCAGCGCCUUCAUUCCGGCCAAACAUAUACUGAAAGAAAGGCCUGACCAGGACAUUCUGAUCGAAUCCUUCCUCUCCCUGGGCCGUGUGGACCAUGUCACCAUGGUGAUGGCGCUGCAUCCUGCCUACCUCAGCUGCUUCCUGAGGACCCAGCAUGCCUUGCUGGAGCUGGACGGCCCCUUACCCCGUCACUGGAGGCACUACAUCGCCGUCAUGGCGGCAGCCCGGCACCAUUGCCCCUACGUGGUGCAGCAGCACAGCACCAGCUUCCUGGAGGCCGGCGGAGACGAGAGCUGGCUGAGCGGCCUGCAGCACGCCCCCGCCAAACUACGCAGCCUGCACCCCCUCAACAAGCUGCUGGCGCACAGACCCUGGCUCAUCACCCAGCUGCACAUCCAGGAUCUGGUGUAUCCCGGCGCCGAGCUUCGCUGGUCGCUGGCCGAGCUCAUUCACGCCGUCAUCCUCAUGGCGCACGCCCACUCGCUCUGCUCCUUCGUGUGGAGCUGCGGAAUCAACCCGGAGCCGGACCACGACUCGGGCCACACCUUCCAUCCGCCUUCGCCGGGACACCCGACUGGCAGCCCGCACAGCCCCGCCCACGAGGACGGCCGACAAGAGCUGGCGGACGGCGCCAUGGAGGUGGAGGUGCUCAUGAAGAGGAUGGUGGAGCUGCAGCAACAGGAAGAGGAGUGCACGCAGGAGGAGAUGGUGACCCGCUUCGAGAGGGAACGAAGCGAGAGCAUCCCGACAGUGGCGGUGCGAGGGGCGCCGCCGGAGCCGCUGCUGCAUCUUCUGGAGGACCCCGAGUACAGGUACGAGGACUUUGCCCCCAAAGGAGAGCAAGCCCCGCCCACCAUGAGAGCUCAGGACUAUUCCUGGGAAGACCACGGCUACUCGCUGGUCAACAGGCUGCUGCCCGACAUGGGACAACUCCUGGACGAGAAAUUCCAGGUGGUGAGCAACCUGACCUACCACAGGAUGGCCAUGCACGAGGGCGUGGACACUCACACUCUGAGGAAGGCCCUGUGGAACUACAUCCACUGCCUCUACGGCAUACGAUACGACGACUACGACUACGGCAGCGUGAACGUGUUGCUGGAGCGCUCCUUGAAGAUGUUUGUCAAGACCAUGGCCUGCUACCCCGAGCAAAUCACCGCACGCGUCUACCAUGCCUUCUGGAGACACUUCCGACACUCCGAGAAGGUCCACGCCAGCCUCAUCGUGAUGGAGGCUCGCAUGCAGGCGGCACUGCUGUACACCCUGCGAGCCAUCACCCACUACAUGAGAUGACGGGACGGGAUCGAACGUCGCGGAUGCUGAGCCAGCGGUGUUGCCGUUGUAACCACGGCACCCCCUCCCUUAGAGAAUAACCUUUCCCCGCAUAUGCAGUCAAUGCUCGUGUUUGCAUAUCCUUUUUUGUUCCAGUGUUAAAAAAAAAAAUUGCCAGCGCCAGUGUCCUUCUAUUUAAAAUGUGUUACUUAUUUUGCACUGAAAGUCCACGUGAGGAUGUGAAGGCUCGGCAUAUCAACCGGCCUCCAUCAGGGGGGAAUGUUGCUAUUUUAGCCCAUCGUACGACUACUCACUCGGCCGUCAGCGUCCUCCGCACACUGACGGCUGAGACUGAAAGAGAUUGAAAAGGAAAAGCUUGUAUUUUUCUAUACAAUAAAGAAAAACUUUACAAAAUGGCGAAAAAAAAAAAAGUGGUCUGGUGGGUGAUUUUUUGAUGCAAUGCGCUAAUACGCCGCUAGAUGUCGACAAAGACAAGCGUAGCGCGUUGACUGUCUUGACUGUUACCGCCGCCGGGUAUGAAACUUUUUCUCACUUCAUAGAAACAGUCCGUGCACGUACAGUGACGUCACCACCCGACCGGACUUAAUCUUUACUGUUACGCAAAAGUGGAAUGCGGUGGCGCCAUCUCUCCUUAUUACCUCCCCCAUUUU